AAUAAUUCCUAAAAGACUAAACGAGAUUGUGAUAUUUUUAAUAACAACAAUUAUGGGACUUGUUAUUGGCUUCUGCAUGGGAUUAUCAUUUCAGGCAUUUUCUUUAACUCAGGUAAUCCAUAUUAUUUGUUUCUUUACAUAUUUAUUAUACUUUAUGAUGAUAUUAUUCAUUUAUUUCCUUUUGUCUUCCCUAUUGAGAAGUUAGGCGAAUUGAAUUCAGAUAUCUCAAACAUAGCACCAGUUUGUGGAAAACAGAACAGAACCGAAAACAGUUCGAUGGAAGUUGAGACACUCAAUAACACAAACAAGAUUUGGGUUUCGACCAACCCACGAGGUGCGGAAAGACUACCACCGGGCAUAAUUGCUAAAGAGUCAGAUUUAUAUUUAAGAAGAUUAUGUUGUAGUUCUAAUGAAGAUGUACUAAUCAAACAUAAGUACCUUGUCACGUUUACGGUAGGCUAUGGGCAAAAAAUGAAUAUUGAUGCUGCUGUUAAGAAGUUUUCAGAAAACUUCACUAUUCUUUUGUUUCACUAUGAUGGCCGGGCAAGUGAAUGGAAUGAGUUUGAGUGGUCAAAACGAGCUAUUCAUGUGAGUGUUGAAAAACAAACAAAAUGGUGGUAUGCCAAGAGAUUUCUCCAUCCUGAUAUAGUAGCGCCAUACGAUUACAUAUUCAUUUGGGAUGAAGAUCUUGGUGUUCAACAUUUUGAUGCGGAAGAAUAUAUUAAGCUAGUAAUGAAACAUGGCUUAGAGAUCUCUCAGCCUGGUUUGGAUCCGAAAGGCAAACGAUCAAUUACUUGGCAGAUGACUAGGAGAAGAGGAGGGGGAAAGGAGGUUCACAAGUAUUCGAGUCUAUACAUGAUCAGUAUAAUUUUAAAAAAUUUUAAAAAAAUCAUCAUAUUUUCUAAUUGGAGGUGUCUAAACCAAUCCAGACAAACAAAGGAGAAAAUAGGGCGAUGUUCUAAUCCACUUGCACCUCCAUGCGCAGGAUUUGUUGAGAUUAUGGCUCCUGUAUUUUCAAGAGAAGCUUGGCGCUGUGUGUGGCAUCUCAUUCAGAAUGACUUGAUCCAUGGUUGGGGUCUUGAUUUUUCCUUCCGAAUGUGUGCCCAAGUAAGUUGCCUGCCAAUUUUUAUUAUUUUUUUCAAAAGUGAAGAUCCCUUGUUAGAAAACAAGUCAUUACUAAGUUAA